AUGCCGCGGACAUUGGCUUCGUCAGAAAAGCGUGGUCACGUGAGUCCCGGAGAUCGGACAAGACGGCGACCAAUUUCGUGUCUCCUAUGUCGCGCUCGCAAGCUGAAAUGCGACCACGCACUGCCAGCAUGUGGGAAUUGUGUCAAUCGCGGCGACAUUACCGCUUGUCGCUAUGUGCCUCGCAAGAACGAGGCGCGUGCGACGGCACUGCAGGUCUCAGACCUGCCUGGUGCCGCUCAAGCAAAGAUCGAUAACCUAGAACGGCUGCUGAUCACGUUCAUGAGCAGUCAGCAGCAGCCCAAGACUCUACUUGACACGCCGCCGGGCAGCUCGGCUACUGAAUCUUUUGAUGUCGAUGGCAGCGGUAACAGCCCUGUCAGACAAACGACAUUUAGUUCAGCAGCACCAGAGACUGGACUACGCAUAUCUGCAGACUACAAGCAGUCUUCGUCCGUGGACCACGCACACUGGGCACUUUUGCUGGAUGAGAUCGAAGAUGUGCGAUCCUUCUUGCAGACGAAGCACUCUCGAUCGGAGCGCCCCAGUGGAGGCACGACCGAUACGAUCACACGAUCAAUCGCCGACCCUGGGCCAAGUCUCCUGUUUGGCACUGCAAAUGUCCCUUCUCGAGCUGAGAUCCUGUCGCAGCUGCCGUCGAAGUACACUUGUGACAUGUUUGUCGACAGAUUCUUCGCCCACCUGUACCCUGCUAUCCAUGUCCUCCACGAGCCAGUGUUCAGGAAACAGUACCAACAAUUCUGGUCGAACAGCCGAAGCACACCCAUGGCAUGGCUUGCUAUGCUAUUCGCAAUACUGCGAAUUGCCUCACUCGAUUACUUACGGGAAGAGGACGAGCCACUUGAACACCAGGCCAAGUGUGCUGACUUGGCUUCGACGUUCAGACAUCGGCUGACGGACUGUCUGAUCGCCGCGGACUACACUCGUCCCCAAGAAUUUCUUAUCGAGACGCUCAUUUUACACCUAUAUGCGGAAUAUGUGUCUAGCCGCGAUGCGAAGUCAACUGUUUGGGUAUUGGUUGGCAUGAUCGUCCGACUCGCGAUGAGGAUGGGCUACCAUCAAGAACGCCAGCCAACGAUGCGUGCAACCCCAUUUCAUGCUGAAAUGCGCCGCAGGGUAUGGACGUUCAUCCAGCAAUGUGACAUACUGGUCUCUUUUCAGAUGGGCUUGCCUUCGAUGACUGCGCCUGCAUCCUUGGAAGCAUCUCUACCUCGCAACAUCCAUGAUGAGGGUGGAGCUUUUGAUGAGGAUUGUACAGCUCUGCCACCAGCUUUGCCUGACUCGGUGCCGACGAAGAUCUCGUACCUCAUCGCUAAAGCAAGACUGGCAUCCGGUCUUGCUCGAGCUCUCGAUGAGGUGAAUCGUACCCCAGCACCCACCUGGGAAAACGUCCUAGAGAUCGACCGAAAGUUAAGACAGAUCUACGACAACGUUGCUGACCACUGGAAGCUUGGCGAGCUAUCUGCCCAAGACUCUUUGGUGCUUACGUCGCUGGCGAUACACGAUUAUCUGCUUGCGGCAACAAUCAUCGCAGCUGACUUAUACUCAAACAAUGCCUCCCCGGGCGAUACUUCAGGCGUUCGAGAAGUAUAUGGAGUUCCAACACAGACUGAAAUGAUCAAAUCGUUGCGGACAGCAGGCGAGAUCUUCGGACGCCAGACCGAGUCAGCCGAGGCCCGGAAAGCUGCGAACGUUCUUAGAAUGAUCGUUGAUAAGGUGGGACCGAGACGUCGGCACUGUGGAGUGACUUCACGAGCUCGACAAGCCACUUCGGAAUUCAGCCGUAUGACAACCACGGUCAGUCCUUCACAAAAUGCGGGUCCAACACAAUCGUAUAGACCCACGCUACCAGAUCCCCUAGCGUCAGCACGUUCUUCACAGGGUUUACAGCCGGCUGGACAACUCGAAGAAACGAUAGCGCAAGCAAGAGAACUGACUUCGCUCGAGUUCGCCCCGUGGUCUCAUAGUGUGUCUGGAAACCAGAGUGUGCAAGAACAGCAGGGCCGUCACCACUUGCCAGCUUUUGGUUUUCCUGGAAGCUGGACCGCUUCUAAGGAUAUCCCGACCUUUACAGAUCCGAUGCUCAACGACCCGAUCGCUCAGGAUUGGCUACCAUUCUCCAGUCCAUUGUCGUUAGCCGACCCGAUGGCAUCGCUCUGGACUAUGUGCUCGGCAUCUCAAGAAGACUUCAGCUUGGAGUGCCCUUCCCCAUGA